AUGUGGAACCCCACUGCUGUGCUCGCUAUACUACUGGCGGCUGCUCCUGCGAGCGUACUGUGCACUGAUGCCGCCUGCUCCCCCGAAGAAAUGGAGGAUCCUCAAAUCAAGUGCGCAUGCGUCCUGAAGGGGUACGGUUCAGAAGAGGACAAAGCGCAGUGUUUGGGACGCGAAACUGUCGAGGGACGGAAGCUGGAGCGAGUGAAGCGAUGGAUCUUCCGAAUGUCCAACAGCAACAGAGGCCAGUGCGACAACAACCAGAACAACACGGCGUCCUGCGCGGAGACGUCUGGCAACGAUGGAACACAUCAGCAGCGGCCCAGUUUGGUGGACCGGGUUUGCGAACCCGGGAGAAUCUUCAUGCAGGACUGCAACACCUGCCAGUGCAACACCCAAGGAACCGCAGCUAUCUGCACGCAGAAGGUGUGCUACGAGAACUGCCGUCCUGGAAGCAUCAAGUUCGUUAACUGCAACGUCUGCUUGUGCCACCCGUACGACUGGAAGUGCACCAACAUGAACUGUCCGCCAGAGGGAAAACCGACGCUCUGCCCAUCGUCACCGGUCAUGGAUCACCCCGCCUGCAGACAAGGAGGAAGAUACAAGAGAGAACUACGAACAGAAACAUCCACCAAGUCUUACGUGUGCUUGGGCAAAAAGUCUCAUCUCAAGAACUGCAACACUUGCAGACCGCCAGGCUGCCGGCCAAAUAUAGACGAUCCAAAACCUAUCAUUACAACGGCACGAACGCCGCCAGUCUGCCUACCGGAGAAGCCGUACCUGAAGAACUGCAACACCUGCCGCUGCCCCGAUGGCUCGGGCUACCCCUGUAAGGCGGACAAUUGCCAGCGGGGCGUGAUGUUGAAGCCGGCCGGUCUGCGGCCCAGUCUGAGGCGCAGCGCCGAGCAGCGCCAGCCACAGCCAGUACCGGAGGAGGUCGACUAUUCACAGACCCUCGGUAAGGGCCGCGCGCAGCUCCAGAGCGCCGCGAGCAGGCAGCCGGCAGCGCAGUGGGAACCAGAGUAG